AUGCCUCUCACGCAACUUGACUAUCUGCGCACUAGGUCCUCUGUCGACUGCGACACCCUCGACGCAAGCGUCGCCGCAGAGCUUGGCCCUUUCGUCGACUGCACCUCGAAUCAGGCCAUCGCCGCCGCCGAACUCCUCCACACCAAACAUGCCACCCUAAUCAGCACCUCCGCCUCGCGCGCUCGAUCCCUCGCACCCCAAUACCCAGAAACCCAGGCUAUCGGGCUAACGGUCGAGCUGCUGAUGAUUUCGCUCUCCCUCCUCAUCGCCCCACACGUCACGGGCAGACUACACACGCAAACAAACCCUCACUAUUCCUUCUCGACGCCCAAAACCGUCGCCAACGCCCGCCGCAUUGUUGCGCUCUAUGCGCACCUCGAUCCCAAUAUUACAAGAGAGCGCAUCUGUAUCAAGAUCCCCGCGACGUGGGAAGGGCUGGAGGCGUGUCGCGUCCUAGAAGCCGAGGGCAUCGCGACGCUCGCGACCACGCUAUUCACGCUGCCGCAGGCGGCGCAGGCCGCGGAGGUUGGGUGUACAUACAUCGCACCGUACGUGAAUCGGCUGGCCGUGCAUUUCACCCCCGAGCUGGUGGAUGACAUGCCCGGGUUUGACGUCUGUGUUGCUGCGCAGAGCUAUUUUAGAAAAUUGGGGUACAAGACCAAGUGUCUGCCGGCAAGUCUGGUAUCAACGGAGGAGGUGCUGAGGUUGGCGGGGGCGGAUCAUAUCACGGUUGCGCCGGGGUUGUUGAGGAGGUUGGCGGCGGAGGCGUAUCCGGAGGGGAAGGGGGUGGUGUCGGAUUUUGAUGCUGCCGAGGCGCAGGAGUCUGAGCAGAUAGAGAGGAUGGUUAUGGAUGAGGAGACAUUUAGAAUGGCGGUGAAUAGGAGUAGAGGUGGAGUUGACGCUGGGAAGCUUGUUGAGGCGAUAAAUAUCUUCUCGGAGAUGCAAGAGAAGCUGGAGGCUAUUGCUGCGGAGGCACUGGCAAAGUUGGACUGA